AUGGCUUCUAAGGUCCAGUCACACCUUACCAAUACCAUCUUCUUCUUCCUCUUGCUCAUCUCUUCCUCGCAUGGCGGAAUCAUCUCAAUUUAUUGGGGUCAGAACAGCGGCGAAGAUAACUUGAUUGAUACUUGCAUCUCCCAGUAUUAUGGCAUUGUCAACAUAGCUUUUCUAACCACAUUUGGCAAUGGCCAGACACCAGUCCUCAACCUCGUCGACCACUGUGACCCAGCUUCCGGCGGCUGUGUUAGCAUGAGCAGUGACAUCAAAACUUGCCAAGGUCUCGGGAUUAAGGUGUUGCUUUCCAUUGGAGGUCCCACCGUCAGCUACACCCUCACUUCUGUGGAAGAUGCUCGGAGUGUAGCAGAUUACUUAUGGUGCAACUUUCUCAGUGGUCAAUCAACUUCUCGGCCGUUGGGUGAUGCUAUUUUGGACGGAAUCAAUUUCGACAUUGAAACUGGCACUGUCGAGUACUGGGACGAGCUAGCCAAGGCUCUCUCGGGAUUCAGCAGCCAACUGGGAAUGAAGGAAGUUUACUUGGCUGCAACCCCGCGAUGUCCAUUCCCAGACACUCGGCUAAAAGAUGCAAUUGCCACUAACCUCUUCAACCACGUCCAAGUCCAGUUCUACAACAGUCCUCCUUGCCAAUACUCCAAUAACAAUACUGUCUUUCUCAAGAGUACUUGGAAUGAGUGGACAACCAUCCAGGCUGAGCAGCUACUUUUGGGACUGCCAGCAGCCCUCGAUGCUGCAGACGGAGGCUAUAUUCCACCCGAUGUGCUGGUAAAUGAUAUUUUUCCCGAGAUUAAGGCUUCUUCUAAAUACGGAGGUGUGAUGCUUUGGAGUAGGUUCUACGACGAGUGGUAUAGCGAAUUUAUCAGGCCUUUUGUUUGA